AAAAAAAUCUAGCGACAUUUCCUAUUCAGAUCACAUAUUUGUCGUGUAAAUAAAAAACGAACAGUAACCGAUAAUAUAGGGCAGUGGAAUCAUUAAUCAAAAAAAUACAUAGCUAUAACUGUACCGUGGAUUGUGAACCAAUUAGCACCUGUACACGUUAGAUACGUAAAGUAGGGAAGAGGCUGAGGUAUCUUCUUAUCCGGCUAAAUGAUAACAAAGCAGUACCGAGCCGCAUUUCGCCUUGCAAAUAUCUUCAAAUGGAUUAUGCAGUUUUUAUAUUAGCAUUCGCUUCGCUCGAUUUGAUUGCGUGUAAAAAUAUUGCCCGAAAUGAAUCUGCGGGUGUUUUGCAAUACGCAAAAGUGGCACGCUGGGGAUCCAAUGGUUCGGAGGAAAUACGAAACAGCAGAAAUACGCAGUACCAAAAUCACAGGUUGAAAUUAAAAAAUUCCAAAAGGACUCCGGGGGUGGUUUACCAAUACCCAGUCUAUCCCGCUUCGGCUUCGAAGGUAGAAAAGAAAAUCGAACACGUUCCUGGAAUAGGCGAAGUGGUUAUCCAGGAUCGAUUCGAGGCAAGACCGUUGUUUGUGUAUAAGAAUAAACAACAGGCCCUUUCGGAUACUUACGGGGCACCCGCUUCCGGUUCCAACCAGCAGCCGGCGACGGCACCAACUCCAAUUACGACUCCGAGGCCGGUUUCCAGUUUCGAUACGUUUCCGGUCUACAAACCGCCUUCACCGCCCCCAAUUUCCUCGUCUCAAUCGUCCGAAAGCUCAUACAAUUCACCGUUUAGUUCGUAUAACCCGCCGAAUUUUAUUCAAGAAGACGAUUCAAAUUUUCCCGACUCUUAUCCACCGAUCGAAGAUAAAGCGCCAUCCAGCGAGGCACCCAAAAGUAAAAAACCAGAAUCGUCGAUGACGUUAGGGCCACCACUAGCGAUGAAUAACGAAUACGAUCACCCUCCUGCGCCCGAUUAUCAGGAUCACCAGCCACAAGAUCCUAUGGCGAUUUACAAGUAUCACGAUGACGGGCCGCCACAAUACCCGCCCCAAAGCGAGGACGACAUUUUUUACCCGCCGGAUAUGCCUCACGAUGUUAAAAUGCCUGCUAACGCACCCCCUAAGCCUGCAAUGUCGGCUAUGGAUGCUCCCAAAGGCAAUAACGGACCUCCGGCGGAUGAUACGAUGGAUUUGGCACCUCCUCCUAACCAAGGCGACCAUCAGGAUUAUUCAUUUCCUCAGUACCUUUAUGAUCAACACCAUUUCGACCAUCACGUUUACGAGGAAGUACCUCAUACCACUAUGGCGCCCGUGAAAGAGGACAAACGAGUUAGCUCUACGCAUUACAGCUAUUACUACUUGGGCAGGAAAUUGUGGUACAUUCCGUUGUACUUUAGUAUCUACUUUAUCAUUUACGUCACUGUCCUGAUCGUCAAGUCUAUCGCCAGGCAUAAGGUCAGACUAAAGUACACGUGGGCAGAAGGGGGAUCCGCUAGCAGAGAAUCAAGAACUAUGACUUUGGCAGAGGAAAGAGACGCCAGUAUUCCAGUUGCGUAUCAAAAUGUUUCCGUCGGUAUUCGCAAUAUUCCGGCAGACGUGCGUUAG